UGUACGCAUCAUGCUCGCGCAAACGGCCGAACGGCGUAUCUAACGUUUUGACUUUCUAACCUCUUCGGAAUCCGAAGCUGUGAAAAUUGCGAGGUCAGGACUUCGCGGUCUUUUUAUUAGAAAGUUUGUAAUAUUUAUUGAAAAGUUCUAUCAAGUAUGGCGGCAAUUCUUCGUGUGAAACGGAAAAAGGAUCACGAGCCACUGGAUGCUCUCUUGAUUUCGUGCAAGAGGCAAAAAGUGGAAUGUGAAGAAGACUCUGCCUCGGCUCCAUUGACAGCUAUUGUGAAAUUCGCAGGAACCGUUGAAAAACAGGAUGACUGCGUUAUUGAACACAUCACCAAAACUUUCAGCAAAGAUGUUUUGAAAUCCAAUUACAAACAACACAUAGUCGACAUUACGAAGAAAGCCCGUGAAAAAACAAAGCAAGAGUCUAAUGAAAAUCGUUACAAAAUCAUCAACAGUAUUCGAUCACUGGACACUUCGUUAUUGAAGGAAUUGGAUGAAGACAAUGUUAAUAUUAUCGAUAUAGAAGAUACGAAAGCUGCAGCUGAUCAAAAGACUGAUAUCGAUUAUGUAUACGACUUGUAUUAUACUCAAACUAAAGAGGCUAUUCAAUUAGAAAAUCUGUUGUCCGUUGUACCAAUAGAGGAAGAUUUAGUAUUUGAGGAUUAUUACAAGGAUAAUGAUUAUCAGGGUGAAUCAGAAGAUUCGAAUUCUGAAUCAAAUUGGCGAAAUGAUUAUCCAGACUCGGAUCAUUCUGAAAAUUCUAUUGGAGAGAACGACAUAAGAAAUGCUAUGAAAAAUCUAACUGUUGCUGAUGAGUCGUCAUCUGAUGAAGAUUUUGUGUAUGGACUUAAUGAAGAAGAUGUUGAAAGAUACGGUUGGAAGUAUGCACACUACAAGGCAAGAAUAAAAAAAGAAAUGGAAGAUGAUGACAAAUCUAAUGGAGAUUAUCACAGUGACAUGGAUGAUUUUUCUAGUUCUGAUGCGUCUUCAGAUUGCAGUGUUAAUGGAAUUGAUGAAUAAAUAUAAUACAAGUCACUCAUUAAAAUAAGGAUACCAUGAAUGUAAAUAGUUGACCUAUCGUUAAAAUUUUAUUUAAUUCUCGCGUAACGUAUGUUUUAAUUUUUUAUUUAAAAAAUAAAAAUCAAGAUUCAUCUAAUUACGUACACAAAUUUAUUUACAAUUUACAAAAUAUAUAUAAUUUACAAAAUUAAUAAUUCAAUUCUUACUAACUUAAAUUAGAGAUCAUCUUAUGGUAUGUUUAUAUAUGACAUAUUUUUUUCUAUACAUGAUUCUCAAUCAACGUUAUAUAGUCUUUAACAUCAGUUAUGUAUCUACUAAGAAAUUUGUAAUCUUUUUUUAUAUUUACUAUUAAUUGCUUAAUAUCGUUUUUCCUGAAAAAAUAAAAUAAUAUGACUUUGAGUAUAAA